AUGGAGAGGGAGGAGGUAAUCCAAUGAGACACAGAGAGGAGAGGCAGCGCGAGGGCAACGCCUCACAGCACCGGGAAUCUCUCUCUAUCUCCAUCUCUCUCUCUCUCUCUCUCUCUCUCUCUCUCUCUCUUCCCCCCCUCCUCUGUCUCUGAAGCGUAAAAAAACCACAGGACUCUCAUCUCCCAUUCAGUCUCCUCUGUUUGUGGCUGAGGGCUGCGCUCACAUUUUUAAGCCUCUCUUUGCCCCACACUUCAAAAUUCUCUUCCAGUUCUUCCUAAUUCUGCUUCUCCACCUGCUGAAGGAUGAAUUGAUGACAACAAAGCGGGAUUAUUUUUUUUGUCACUCCUGCAGCAUCUUUCACUGGAGUCAUCUUUGUUCUUGUGCUCACAGCUGCUGAGUGUACACUGGCUGCUUGUGGGGAAAUAGGUUAGUGUGCCUGUUCGGUGCCGGGCAGCAGAGGUGAUUGAAUGUGCUGUACACGGAGGAGGCGAAGAAGAGGGGGAUGCCUUCCUGGCAGUAGCGCUCUGUAACCCUGCGACCACUUGGGGAAAAGGUGACAGGGGAUGCUGGCGCUGAACUCCGACCUCUAGCAAAAGUGUUAAAUUCGGGACAGACGAAGAAAAAAACAACAGACAUUUUUUUUCUUCCAUUUUUGUAGUCGCGGAGCAGGGCUGACCUGUGUGUCUGCUGCGUGGGGACACCAUGGACAUCAACCUUCAGUCGCACCGGUUUUACUUCCCCCAGAUCUACUGUGCUGAACCGGGGGCACAACCACAGCUCACUGAGUUCAAAGUCAGUGAGCAGAGUAUCUGCCAGGCGCGGGCCUCCGUCAUGGUCUACGAUGACACCAGUAAGAAGUGGGUGCCCAUCAAGCCUGGACAGCAGGGAUUCAGCCGCAUCAACAUCUACCACAACACUGCCAACAACACCUUCAGAGUGGUGGGCGUCAAGCUGCAGGACCAGCAGGUGGUUAUCAACUACUCCAUAGUGAAGGGGCUCAAGUACAACCAGGCCACCCCGACCUUCCACCAGUGGCGGGAUGCCAGGCAGGUCUACGGCCUCAACUUCGCCAGCAAGGAGGAGGCCACCACCUUCUCCAACGCCAUGCUCUUUGCCCUUAACGUCCUCAGCGCUCAGGAUGGAGGUCCAGCUGUCCAGCGCCAAGUCCAGAAUGGACCGACUUCAGAUGAGAUGGAAGCUCAGAGAGCAAGGCAGAUGAUGGAGCAGCAGCAGCAGAUGCAGGCGCACAUGGAGCGGGAGCGACGGUCAUCCAACUCAGGUUCUCCUUUCCAAGGCCACCCUGCUGUGCUCUCUGUGGCCCCCCCAGUAAUACCUCCACCAAUGAACAUGGGCGGCCCCCCUCCUCCUCCACCACCGCCGGGACCUCCACCACCAUCAGCAGGGGCGCCUCCACCUCCUCUCCCACCUCCACUUCCCAUGGGUGGAGGGAGUCAUGGGGACGAGCCCCCUGCCCAGACGGGUCUCGCCGCUAUGAUCGCCGGAGCCAAACUGCGCCGCGUUCAAAGACCUCAAGACGACAGCUCCUCAGGCGGCAAAAACGAUGCCAACCGAACAAGUGGAGGAAGUGGAGGACUGAUGGAGGAGAUGAACGCUCUGUUGGCGCGAAGGAAAGCAGCCUCAGAGAGGCCCGAGGACAGCCAAAAUGAUGACCCAAAUUCUCCGUCACCCAGCACCCGGAGUGGACAGAACGCCACAGAUGGUGCAAAGAAGCCGUGGGACCGAGCUAACUCUGCAGACAGGUCAAUGGUUUCAAGGGUACGAACCGCGGGAGGUGGCAGCGACACAGACUCGUUAGACCUCGAUAGAAUGAAACAGGAAAUCUUGGAAGAAGUGUUUCGUGAAUUGCACAAAGUGAAGGAUGAAAUCAUUGAUGCCAUUAGACAUGAACUCAGUCGAAUUAGCACGACAUAAUCUUUCAGAGCCACCCCCCCCCCCCCCCCC